AUGAGCAAGUUCGGCGUCAUGGUUAUGGGUCCUGCCGGUGCUGGCAAAAGCACCUUCUGCUCGUCCCUCAUCACCCACCUGCGCAACAACCGCCGCUCCUGCUUCUAUGUCAACCUCGACCCCGCCGCCGAGGACUUCACCCACCAGCCCGAUCUCGACAUCAAGGACCUGAUCUCGCUCGAAGAUGUUAUGGAGGAGAUGGGCCUCGGUCCCAACGGCGGCCUGAUCUACUGCUUCGAGUUCCUGAUGGAGAACCUGGACUUUCUCACCGAGGCCCUCGACCCCCUGACGGAAGAGUACCUGAUCAUCAUCGAUAUGCCGGGCCAGAUUGAGCUGUACACGCACAUCCCCAUCCUGCCUGCGCUGGUGCGCCAUCUGACGAGGACUGGGGCGCUGGAUAUCAGACUCUGCGCGGCGUAUUUGCUGGAGGCAACGUUUGUAAUUGACCGCGCCAAGUUCUUUGCCGGGACCUUGAGCGCGAUGAGUGCGAUGAUUAUGCUGGAGGUGCCGCAUGUCAAUAUCCUAUCGAAGAUGGAUUUGGUGAAGGGGCAGGUGGGCAAGAGGGAGCUGAAGCGCUUCUUGGAUCCGGACGUCACACUCUUGGACGACGAUCCGACUGGGGGAGAGGCGGAUACUGGAGAGGGUCAGACGGCGGAUUCGAAGACGGUGAUGAAGGGUAAUAGCUUCAAGAGGCUGAAUAAGGCGGUCGCAGGACUGAUUGACGCCUUCAGCAUGGUGUCAUAUCUACGGUUGGAUGUGCAGGAUGAGGAUAGUGUCAACAGCAUCUUGAGCUAUAUCGACGACGCGAUCCAGUUCAACGAGUCACAGGAACCGAAGGAACCUAACGACGAAGUAGACAUGGAAUAUGGCGAUGAAGAUUGA